AUGGGCCAAAAUGGGAACAAUGAAGCACUAGUACGACAGAAUGGAAAGAAUUUCAACGGUGGUGGGGAGGAAGAGAAAGAAACACUUCAUGCUAAACAAGUUCUCAUGUCCCGAAUGAAGAACGCGUUUGCCUUAUGUGUGAAUGGAAUAAAAAUAUUGGGAAGAAAAAAAAACUUGUCAUCUUGUAACCAGUUCGUCUGUAAUUAUCGGACAAAGAGAAUCAAAGAGGCGGUUUUUAGUAAACACCCCCUCGGCGUCAAUAAGACGCUCCCAAAAAGUGAAAACUGUGAAUUUAAGAAAAGGGGAAAGGAGAAGAUAAAAGAUCAAAAAAAGGACAGGAUAAGGGAUUCAAGAGAGGAAAAGAUAAAGGACCAAGGAAGGGAAGACAUAUCAACCCCCCACAAUAGAACUGCUCUGCAAGGCAGGAGCAGUCGGAGCUUCUCACUUUGUCCCCGUGAGGCCUUUGCACACCAGCACAUUAGCAAUGUUGACCAAUUUAAUGACGCGCCUCGUCGAGGGCAUCCAAGUAGCAGAAAUGAAAACUGGGAAAGGAAGACGUACGCAAUUUCGCAAGAAGAAAAGUGUGUGGCGAGUGAAGAUUUGGAAUUGUCCCUUGUCUGCCCGGACGAGCCGAAAAGCAACGCAGGGAUGGUAGUAUACAAAUACUGCUACAUUUGCGAAACGGGGAAGCCCUGUUUUUGCAGUGAGGAAAACUACGACUAUGAAGAAAACAUCAUAGAGACAAUUCAUUCAAACAAGAAAAAACAAGGAGGGGAUAAAAUUAAUGCUUGGGUGAAGGGACAAGCAGGAUUUUACCUUCAGCAAGUGAAAACAAUUAAAGGGAAAUUGGACUGCUGUAGGGAGGGGCGGGUGUGGAAUGAGGACACGGCGGACAAAGGAGCCCACGAGAAGAGCAAAGUCGACAAGGACAUGGACCACAAUGGAUCGACCAUGGAGAAAAGGAUGGACGCUUUGAUGGAAAUUGAAAAAAAGCACCUGCAGCUGUUGGUCAGCCUGUUCGAUGAAUACAAAGAUUUGGAGGAAAGGAUGUUAUGA